GCCAGAAAUAUUUAAGGGAUACCCAAAAGCAGGAAUGAGAAAGGUUUCUAAUAGCCAGCGUAGAAAAAUUACCAGCUGCAUUCCCUCUGAUACCCCUGAGAAAGAUAUGUUUGAAAAAAACAUUGAAAAAGACAAAAUAAAAAGAAAAAACAAGGACGACAAACAAAAAGCUGCCACCCGGAAUUUAUUUGCAAAAAAAAAGAACGUUGAUUUCAAUGAUAUAUCUUCGUCUGAGGAAGAUGGAAGUUUAUCUUUUACCGACUCUGACCAGGAUUCAACAGACUGGAUUCCCGAGGCUGAUCCUUCAGCAUUUGAAGAACUGGAUCGAAAUCCCAAACCUAACGACUUUGUAUUAGUGUCAUUUAGUGCCAAAAAUGAUAAUUUAUUCUAUGUUGGAAAAGUGAUAAAUCUGGAAAGUUCCAACAAUGAAGUAGAAGUAAAGUUUUUGCGGAAGUCGGUAAAAUUCAGCGGACACUUCGUAUAUCCUUUGGAACCUGAUGUAGGAAUGGUUCCUUUAAAUGACGCUAAAAUGAUUUUACCACCACCAUCUCAUUUGGGUAAAACAAAACGUUUACAGGAAUAUCUAAAAUUCGAAAUUCAGUUUAGCAAUAUAAAUUUACGCUAA